CCUCCCCUGCAACCUGACCUCCCCCUGCCCCGUGACCGCGUUCUCCUGGUGCUGUGGUACAAAACUGGCACUCACAAGCCCGUGUACAGUUACGACGCCAGAGGGGCCCAGCCGUCACACUGGGUCAACCCGUCACUGCUCGGCUCCCGCGCCACCUUCUUCCCCUCCACCUCCACGCUCACACUCCAGCAGGUGCAGGCCGAGGACGAGGGGACGUACCGCUGCAGGGUGGACUUCAAGACGAACCCCACUCUGACCUUCAUCACCAACCUUACUGUCAUAGUGCCGCCGCGUCGCCUGGCGGUGUACACGGAGCAGGAGGUGGUAGCGCGCAGCGUGGUAGGGCCAUUCACUGAGGGGGAGACUCUUCGCCUCACCUGCCGCGCCACUGGAGGCUCCCCGCCCCCAACCGUGCUCUGGCUGGAGGGGGAGGCGUACCUGGACGUGGUGGCGGAGGUGGUGACGCCUGACCUGGUGGCGAACAGGCUGGAGGUGCCCGCGCUCACACGACGGGACCUGCACCGCACCCUGACCUGCCGCGCCGCCAACACCAACAUGACGGCGCCGCUUAUCACCAGCGUCACCCUCGACAUGACCUUCUCGCCGCUCUGGGUUCGUCUCCUGAGCAGCCGCGACGCUCUCAGCGCCGGAAGGGCCUACCAGGUGGUGUGUCAGGCGGCAGGUGCGAGGCCCUCUGCUAAUAUUACCUGGCGUCUCGGGACCAACAUCCUCACCACUCAUUCAGAGAAGAUGACCCACGAGGGGAACGUGACGAUGAGCGAGCUGCAGUUCACGCCGGAGGUCACGGACGCAGGGAAGGUACUGAGCUGCGAAGCCUCGACGCCCUCUGACAACACGAGGCCCUUGAGGGAUGAGUGGCUGCUGGACAUUUACUACGUGCCGCGCACCACCCUGCAGCCUGGGCGUUCCCUCAACCUGAGUAACAUCGAGGAAGGAGACGAUGUGUACUUCGAGUGUUCCAUCACAGCCAACCCCUGGGUGUACAAGAUCAUCUGGCUGCAUGAGGGCACGGAGCUGCACCAUAACGUGUCAGCGGGUGUUAUUAUCAGCAACCAGAGUCUCGUCCUUCAAAGUGUCUCCAGAACGGCCUCAGGGAAUUACUACUGCGUCGCCUCCAAUAUCGAGGGUGACGGGCAGUCGAACCCAAUCCACCUCAAGGUUAAGUAUGCACCUGUGUGUCGUGACCCGCACAUGACAUACCACGGGGCCGCCAGACUGGAGCAGGUCAACAUCCCGUGUCACCUGGACGCCCACCCGAGGCCGCUCUCUUACCGCUGGACCUUCAACAACAGCGGGGAGAGUGUUGAGAUCCCGCAGGAACACAUCCAGGUGACUUCCUCAGGCUCAACAGUAAGCUACACGCCCAACACGGAGCUGGACUACGGCACGCUGCUCUGCUGGGGAUCAAAUGCCGUGGGGCUUCAGCGGCGGCCUUGCGUCUUUCACGUUUUUCCAGCUGGACGGCCAGACCCCGUACACAACUGCUCCUCCUUCAACCUGUCAGUGUCUGUGGUUCACGUGCGCUGUGUGGCAGGAUUCGAUGGGGGACUGCCUCAGACAUUCAUCCUGGAGCUGCGAGAUCCACACUCAGAAACCUUGAUUGCCAACGCCACGAACAGGGUCCCAUCAUUCUCAGUUCCCUUGCUCCCCUCGGGCCUCACCCUGCGCGGGGACGUUUUCUCCACCAACGCCAAGGGGAAGAGUGAGACAGUGAACCUGCAGGUGUACACAAUCAAGGAUGUGGCUGAGAAACGCACUGCUGCUGUCAAGCCCUCACCAACCAAGGGCCAGUCCUCAAGUGACAUCAACCUCACGCCCAUCAUCUCCGUCAUUGCUGGUGUGGUGGGCGGCCUACUGGUGGUGCUCAUCAUGGUGUGUGUGGUGGUGAGGGUGCGGCUUGGGAGGAGGACGAGGCAGCAGUGUGGGAGGGAUGAGUCAAGAGAGCCAGCAGGUGUGCACGAUGAAUCCACCAGUGCACCACUUCACCCCAAGACACCUCCACCAACUCUGCAUCCCAAAGCACUGCCGCCCACCACCUUGCAUGACGCUCUCCCUCCUCCUCCAGUCUUGUUCAGGGAUGGGGAUGAAAGAAACCCUGAUGUGAUCCAGCAUGGUGGAGCUCGUGACCAACCCUGGCGGUGUCCAGCAGGUCUGAAGACUCCUUGGAACAUCACCUCCACCACACCAUUAUGAUACUCAACAGAGAGUGUGUGUUCUAGCUCAUGCAGGCUGGAGGAGGAGACGGCAUUGGGCCUCGUCACAAGCCUGGGCUGACUACAAGGAGUGCAGCAGCGUGGUGAUGCAGGCCAGGGGCAGGAGACACCAGCUUCCUCCCAAGCGUGUGGAUGAGGACCUGGUGUUGGGGGAUGUUGGACAAGUGACUCAGGAGUGUGAGGGACUCAGGGUGAACUGCAACCUCACCUGCACAAAGCUGGGACUCGCGUUAUUUAACUUAAUAAGUUAGGAAGAGGACCAGGUGUAGGAGGGGGUGGUGUUUGUAUUUAUGAUGAAGUUUGGAAUGUAGAAAAAAGUGUGGGUUCUUCAAGGUGAGGGUGAGACUUGAAGGUGUGUUAUGCCAGUGUUCAUCUCGUUCUGAGUGAAUGUGUGUGCAAGACUUAUUUUCUGUUCAGUGCUCCAACCAGGUCCAGGUGACAUUUGAUCUCAUCCCAGCGCCUUCCUUUGAGAACAUACAUAGAUAUGAAAACAUAUGUUUCAUAUAUUUAUAUUAAGUCUUAGGAAACUAAAACUGUCCUUAAAAUAAAUGUCUGGCAAGUAUUAA